AUGGGAAGAGAAAUUCCUCUGAAUGAAAAUCUGCUUUCAGAUGAAUUCAUAAGGAAAUUACUUCUGAAUGUUAAUAUCCAUUGUUUAGCAUCGGUAGUUAAAUCUUCUAUUUUACAGUUCUCAGAUGUUGAAGAAUACGUAUCGGAUAUAAAUAGAAAUGUUAAAAUUGGUUAUAAUAAUUUAAAAACGUAUUGUGAAAGUAGUGUUGAGUAUAAAGAAUGCUGCAACGCAAUGAACUUUUACUUAGAUUUGGUAACUGAAGCAGUUAACCUAUCUGGAAUAAUAGUUGAUCAUAAAAAUGAUAUAAUAGAAGGUAAUCUUGAAUCAGUUUGGGAAAACAAAUAUUAUGGCAUUGGAUGUAAUUGCAAAAGAAUUAAAUAUAUGUAUAGAGAACAUGUUAAUUGCAUUUUAGGGGAAAUCAGUAAUGGUAAAUAUAAUGAUAAAAAUGUAAAAAAAGAUAUGUGUGAUGUAGAUAAUAGGAAUGAAUGGAACGAUAUUCUUGAAAACUCAAAAAAAUGUGUUUUAGGUAAAAACAUGAUUAUUGCUAAUUAUUGGAUAAAUGAAGUAUUUUUGUCUGAGAAAUUACCCUGGAAUCAUUAUUUUCUAACUUUUAUAGGUCAUACUGCUCCAAAAGAAAAGGAUGUAACUUAUCAUGUUACAAAUCCAUUCACUCCUCUAUGUGCAUGGAUAUACAAUAAAUUAAGUAUGAAUGAUUUAUUGGCAAAAAAUUUAAAUAAAAAUAAGAAUAAUUCAUUAGGUUGGAAUAUUGAUAACAAAGAAUUUAAAAUAGCUUACAGUUCAUUAUCUAGUGAUUACAUAUAA